GUAUAUUUGAUCGAUAAGUCCGCUGGUCACACCUUCAAAAAAAACUUUCAAGCAAUCAUGUUGGUUAAGAACAUUGUCAAGCAGGGCCUUCUGCUCAGAAAUGCUGGUGCCAUGUCGCGCGCUGCCUACCACGCUGGCGGACACCACCAGCACUCCACAAUGAACGAUUUGCCCGUGCCCGCUGGGGACUGGAAGGAGCAGUACAGCCAGCAGAACACCAAAUACAAUGUCAUUCUCAUUGCUGGCGUUUUGGUGUUGGCCGGAACCAUUGGAUUCGUGAAGUCAUCUGGAUUGGUGUACUUCAACUACAGCCCCCCCAAGGAUUUGGAUUAAAUCACACAUCCCUCUAAAUAUAUAUUGUAUUUGAAAUGUGUUUAAAAUAAGAUUGAAGUGGUGACAUAGUAAAUCAGAGAUCCAACACAA